AGCACCCGUUACAACUUGUUUGUGUAUCACCAUGAUAGACCAUCUAGUAGGACGACCUAGUCCAUCCUGGAAGCGCAACCAAGUCUUCUUGGUUAUCCUAUUCUGGCUUUGGAGGAUUGUAAUUGGAGAUUCUAGAGGACCUCGGCUUUUCUAUGCCAGAAAGGUCAAUAGGGCACUUGAACGCUUUACACCAUGGCAAAUCAUUGCUAGCACACUCACAGCGGUGUACGCUUUGAGAAAUUUGGACAAGAUCCUGAAUCUUGGUGCCCCGGAACCUCUGGCACGACUAUACUCUCCGUCAUACUAUAGAGCAACAUGGAUCACUACAGGCUUAGACGCUGGCUUUGCGACAGCCAUGGCCGUACGUCCAAAAUGGAUGCGCGACAUCUGCUCCGUACUUUUUUCUGCAUACUACAUCAUCUACGCAAAUGAAGCCGACGAGAAGCUUCGUCGGUUUCGAGCCGUACCCACAGUAGAAAUGCUCCGUGUAACAUGGGAGAAGACGACCAACCCAUACAUUCGUUUGUUCACGCCUCGUGCUUCCGUGUCGCUCCACCGCAAGAUCUUGCUUACACGCCCUCAGGGUUCCCCGUACACCCGCCCGAUCACGGUGCAUCUCUUCUUUGCUUCCCAUGAAGCCCAUACGAACUCGUCAUCGAAAAGCUCCAAGGCGGUCUCCGAGGCGUUGUCAAUGCAGGAGGAUCUGAUCCUAGACUUUCCCGGCGGCGGAUUUGUUGCGAUGACGCCUGAGCAUCACGAAGAGCGUCUUAGGAUGUGGGCGAUGCGUACAGGUCGUCCUGUCGCUUCUGUAGACUACGGGAAGGCACCUGAAUACCCGUAUCCAUUCGCGAUUGACGAGGUAUUCGAUACAUAUCGUGUUUUGGUCGAAUCGAAAGGGAAGGUCAUCGGCAUGUCGGGGAAGAACCUCAAUGUGAUCGUCUCCGGCGACUCUGCUGGUGCCGCAAUAACCAUCGGCGCUAUGAUCAAAGUGCUAGAACACGCGCACACCGUCGCUGAUCCAGCAUCCAGCUACCCUAAACCCUCUUCCCUGCCUCCUUCUCCCCUCCCACUUCCUAUCGCCAUAGUCCUCAACUACGCCGCCCUCGAUUUCAAUUUCACCUCUUGGAUGACACCCGCCAACCUGCGCGUUCUCCGCAUCGAAACAGAGGCCGACGAACAGCGUCCUCGUCCACAGUCCCAUCGCACCCCUUCCCGCUCCCACGUUCCAAGUCGUCGAAGUUCCAGCUUCUUCUAUCAGUCGGACGAAGACGAGGAUGAGAAUGUGUAUGACAGUUGGGCUAGCCAGCUCAGGGGCGCAAAGGAUCAUCUGGCGCAUAUCAGCCCAUUGGCGGUCGUUGGUGACGAUCGGGCGAGACCGAGACCGUCGAUGAGGAGGAAGAAAAGUUGGGCAGACUCGCUGAAGUUCGGGUCCGCGUCUCGGUCGCCAAUGACGACCAUCGAUACUCGUUCUUCGAGAUCAAGAAAGCCAACUUCAGCAUUACAUUCGUCCAAGCAUAAUUCAAGUUCGCAGGCUCAAUCGGGGGCGGGAAAGUCGAAGAGUGUGGCGGGGAAGCAAUUGGAUGGAAAUGGGCAGGAUCAUGAUGCGGAUGCGGAUGCCGAGAAUGACGAUGUGGACCGGUUCAGUCAUCUGCGAGAAGAGGAUCGACCCAUUCAAGCUCGGGUCAAGUGGCAUUAUCCUCCCUCACGAAACGCUUCGGGAUCACCCCUUGUGGUGAAUCCCGACAGCGGUAUUAGCUCGGAGGCUGCUUCGCCUGUGGCGUCGAGGUUAUCAGUGCUGUAUGAGAAGGAACAGGCUACGCUGGAGAACGAGGUAGCUCAGGCGGAUAGUGAGGUGCAUGAUCAGAGGCGAAGGGAAGGUGUGGCGCCAAUUGGGACGAGAUUGACGAUGACCAGUCGGACCGGGUAUUUCCAAGAUAGGAUCAUCUCGCCGUCGAUGAUGCGCGCCAUGGCGAUCCUUUACAUCGGCCCACACCUCAACCCCGACUUCGCUACCGAUUAUCACAUCUCACCUAUCCUCACUCCCUCUCAACUCCUCGCCAAGUUCCCCCCUCUCCUCAUGCAAUGCGGCGAGAAAGAUCCCUUCGUCGACGAUACCAUCAUUUUCGCCGGUCGGGUACGAGAGGCCAAGAGACAACGCAAACAUGAACUCGUGGAUCUCCUCAACAAGACUUCCGUGCCAUUGCAAAGUGCACAAGUAGAGUGGCAGGAGGAGCUGGAGAGGUUGAAUGGCGAGAGCGAAGAAGAUUGGGUCCAGAUGCAAAUCUUCUCGGAUUGGAGCCAUGGCUAUUUGCAGAUGCCGGCGUUGAUGAAGGAGGCGGGGGCCGCGAUCAACGACCUUGCAGAUUGGAUCAACGACGCGUUCAAUACUCUUGGCCCUGCGGCUCAGUCGGCCGAUGCUUCUGCUACUGCUAACGGAGCCACUGGGGCGGAAAGCAGUACGGGUGCGAACUCGAGCGGGGAAUCGAGUUCGACGGUCCACACUGUGGCGGCGACUGGGCAGGAUGAGCAUAUUGGCUUAUGGAGGUUUUGGCCCUGGAUUAGACAUCAGCACCAACAAGGUAGUAUGGUGCAGUUUGAAGGCGAGAACGACCAUAAAGUAUCCCACGAGUCUGCUGCGAUCCACGCAGAACACCUCCAGCCCAACGCGUACCCUACGACAGCGACGGAGACGGAGACUGAGAACGACGAGGGCAUCACGUUCAUUCCAAAAACCAGGAGACAGUCAAGCGACGUCUCAGGGACGGGUAAUGGAACGAGACGGGCGAGGUUCUCUAGUAGUACUCGUGAUGUGGCGAGAGAUAUCCCCGUCUUUGGGUCGCCUCCGUUGACCGAGGAUCUUCUGGCCGGCAAACAUUCACCUUCCCAAUCCCAGUCGCAGACCAAGACAACGUACUCAAGGGAAGACAGCCCUGAAGGUACCGUCGCAGAGUCAUUCACCAGUUCUACUCCUCCCCGUCGAUCCGCAAUUCCGAUAUCCCUUCGCCGUGAGUCCCAAGGUGCGACAUCAGCAACAAGGCCUGCCGCAACUACUCCACAAAGUAUUUCCCCGCCAGCCUCUGGCAAGAUGCCCCUCGUUGACUACACGGAAGUGGGCGAGCGGAAAGGACGGGACAGGACGAGGUCACCGGAAGCGGUGAAGAGGAGGAGUGCCACACCUGGGACUGGCAGUGUGGGGGGAAAGACGGGGACGCCGGUGCCGAACUCGAGGCAGACGAUCACGGAGGCCGAGCUGAUGAGGAGACGAAGGCUUUUGGAUUCGCAUAUUUUUGAGAGUGAGUGAGUAGCUGGCUGGAUUUCUGAGAUCUACAUGUCGCUAGGUGACUGUUGUGUGUAGCGCUAUGGGGUGAUAGAAGGUGUAGCUUUGAUCGAGCGACAAGGAUUCGCACUCUGUGCAUACGUGAUCGUUUCAUCGGCUCUGUCCAUUUCUUUCCAUCCUCUGGCAUCCUUACCCGCAAUGGACGCCAACUGGCAAUCGUGGACGCAACACCUCGGCCUUCACCAACACCAACACUUAUUACUGUACAUUCUAUUAUGUACCGACAAUCUACUUAGAGUUUCUGUAUUCUUAAAUAUUGUUGUACACGUUCGAUAGCUUUUGACAUAAUAAC